GAAACUCACUAAUACAAGAGAUAACGUUUGAGGUCCACUGAAAUCUAUAUAUUCUCGAGGGGACAUUGGGAGUGAGUGAGUGAGAGAGAGAACAAAUUGAAGAUUUGAAAUGGAGGAGACAAAGACGACCAUAGUCAAUCGCCUACUGGCGUUGAAACUCAAGUCCGGCAAGACCUACAGUGAGAUAGCAGAAGAGACCGGGCUCACGAACGUGUAUGCGGCCCAACUACUGAGGCGCCAGGCGCAAUUGAAGCCUGAUACUGCUAAAAAGUUGGAGGCCGCCCUGCCUGGUCUGUCGAAGGAGCUUCUGGAAGAGAUGAUGAAGCCACCGAUGAGGUCCUACGACCCUAAUUUGAUCCAAGAUCCUGCUAUUUACAGGCUGAAUGAAGCAGUGAUGCAUUUUGGGGAGAGCAUCAAGGAAAUUAUCAAUGAAGAUUUUGGUGAUGGCAUUAUGUCAGCUAUAGACUUCUACUGCUCUGUUGACAAAGUUAAAGGCAUUGAUGGAAAGGAUCGUGUUGUGUUGACAUUUGACGGGAAGUAUCUGCCCCACACUGAGCAGAAAUCGGAGAAUAUGGUUUCACGACUAAAGGCAUCACUGAAGUAAACAUGAAUCCGUCAUGAAGAUUUGGCGAGAUGUUGGGUGAGAUAUAAUAAUGCAUUUCUGCUUACGUACAAGUUCUCAGUACGACCUUCUUCUUCAGUGUGUAUUAGUAUUGUAAGCUAAUGCUGGUUUAUAGCAGCUGCUUGUGUAAGGUACACUUGUAAUGAUCAAAGCGUGUAUUGUAAUACUAUUAUCUACAGGAAUAAGAAAUGAGCACAUGUUGUGUUCAUUUUUUCUUUGUGCA